AUGAGCACCCAGUCUGGCCAGUCCUCGCGUGAGGGCUCUGUUGCGCAGCCAAGGCGACAUAUCAUCAAGGCAUGCGAGGGCUGCCGACAGCAGAAAAUCAAAUGCAAUGGAGAGUCGCCGUGUGAGCGAUGCGCCCGGUUGUCGCUGCCGUGCUCGGUGCGGACAGUGGCGCGACAGCGUCGAAAACUGACGCUGACCAAGACGCCGCAGAAGCAGGCUGGACAUGAGAAUUCAGAGCUGCUGCAGAUGGCGCUUAGGCCGGUCAGGGUUACGAACGAGGUGACGGGCAAGACUGCUAUAUACGGGCCGACGUCCACCGUGGCGCUGCUCCAUCUGCUAGCCUCCCAUAAGCAGGAUUACCCUUUACCAAUCACGAACUAUGGGGGUUCUGUGGAUACUGGUCUCUCGCUUGAGGGCUUCAACUUCAAUCGCCUUGUCGUUGAGCCGUACAAUCUUCCAACACCUGGGCUCUCCCUGACGCCGCCGCUGUGCCUCACGAGCAUCCCAAAUCAAGUCCUCCAGUUCUUUCUCAGCAGAUAUGUCGGCACCGCCUGGGCCAUCCUGCCUAUGCAAUCACCGGCGCAGUUGGGCUCGCUGUUCUCAUCCGCGUACACAGCAUUCAGCCAUAAUGGCCCGCCGCCGCCGUUAUACCCCCUCCUGUUGUACCAGCUCGCGAUGGGAUCACUGUCUACGAUGCAGGGGGAGUUGGCAGAUGUCCUAGCUCAAGAGAGUGACCUUUUCAUCUCUGCGGGCGUGCAUCUCCCAGACGCUCUAGACCUCCAAUUAAGCAUUAUCAUGCUUCAGUACUGCAAUGAGAUAGGCAACUUCGACAAGGCAUAUUCUAUGCUGGGACACAUAGCAACCAAGAUCUUCUCGGCGGGCUUCCAUAUGGAACCUUGCGCUUCCGAGAUAACCCAAAUGAUUCACAUCCUCCUUCGAACAGAGAGUUUCGUCUGCAUCGCAGUCGGUCGACCUCCAUUAAUCAGCCCCAACAUUCAAAUAUCGAACAACAACGAAAGCGCAGACGGGAAAUUCUUCUCCGGCCUAUUCCGCAUCAUAACAGCAAUGUUAUGCGCACAGCGAAACCCGACUGUGGACUUCGACGACCUCUGGCAGUCAAUAUGGUCGACGCAUGCUCGACUACGAUCGUACUGGGAGGAGCAUGAACCGAUGUUACGAUCUGAGCAUGCAGACCCCAACCGGCCGUGGAAUGUUGAUGAGGCGGUGACGCUUAAUGCUACUUUAUACGAAUAUGCCAUCCUGAUGAAUCUGAAGCCCAUUCUGCUGUACAUCGGGCAUAGGAGCUCACCACCAGAGAAAGAGCGCGGAGGGGCGACAACACAGCUAGUAAUUUCUAGGAGGUCGCCGUUAUCGAAAAUAACAAAAGACGACGAAAAUGUCGCAACGGCCUGCGAACAUAUCCUCACGUCCGCAAAGACAAUAAUCGCCAAUAUCGCAGAAGUCCGGCAGCGCGGGUCCGUUGCAAAGGAUUUGCCCAUGAAUUCAUUCUUCCUUGAAACGGCAUGUACAUCGCUGAUUGCUUACGGAGUCUGGCAUGAAACCCCGGCUGCAGUGUGGGACAGCAUAGAGCUCGGCGUGCGGUGCAUGGAAGAUUUACAGUACCAGAAAGCAUCGGCUCAGAGACUCCAGUCUGUCAGGACCGCGAUUGAGCGAUCUGGUCUGGGGCAGUGGUGA